AUGGGUAUCCUCGGCGAGAAUAUCCAGAUGCUGAGGCUCAGUGUUCCACCGGGGAUAGAUUCGUACAGGAUGGGAGAUGUUCUUCCACACGCCGUUGCCAAUUUCAAGUCCCUCACUACUCUCACUUUAGCCAUACCCGCAGGCGACACCCUCCAUUCUACAUUCAUUAAUACCAUCCUCAACAUCAUCCCAAACAUCCCCAAUCUAAAAGUUCUCAGUCUGCCUGCCAGCGCUCUGAACGGAAAUAUUCUUCAUGAGCUCACAAAUUGUGCCACCCUUUCUGCCACCGACUUCUUCAGCAGAGAGCCUGUCAACUACGACCAACCUAGGGAUAUCCAGAGGAUCCCAAUCCCACCAACGAAGACCAUAGAUACCCUCCAAUCUGCUCUCAAUGCCAUGAUUCAUGCUGGUCACACAUCCGUCGUCUAUGCCCACAUCACAUCCAAGACUCCUCGCUAUUUCCCGUUGUGGGAGUUCCUCUACUGGUCCAAGGGCUGUAAACGAAGGUCUGGGAGAGAUCAAAAGGUCAGCACGGUGUUGAAUAUCAAUAAGAACCACUGGGUCGCGGUUGUUCUGGACUUUGAGCACUCGGAAUUCUUUUAUGGCAAUCCUCUCAGCUGGGCUGCUGGUGACGAGGUUGUAGAGGUGAUUGAUUGGUGGAUCAUCCAUUACCCCGGCCUUCAGUUCGUGCAGAAGAAGCUGAAAAUGAUAGAGCAGCCCGAUUGGCACAACUGCAGAAUGCUGGUGAACAACGCACUGGGUCACUACUUCCUACCCAAAAUGUAUCCGCUCAUGAAGAAGGACCGACUCGACGAGGAGCACCUUCGGACACUGUUGAAAAGCUUUGAUGCCAAGGCCCAAAGGUAUCAGUUCACAUUCGGGUCGUCACUCGAAGACUACCUCACGCACUGUAAGGACGACUCAGGUUCUAUAUCGGGGAGUAGUGUCGAGGUCAUGGAGGACACCAAACAUCUCCAAUCUGCCCUCGCACUACCGGCUGGGCUGAACCACGAGCCAGAGACUUUGUCAAUCAUAUCACAAGGGGACAACCAGGCAAGCAUGAGCUCUCCGCACCAGUUGAGCCUCUUUGGCACUCCUGCACCAUCUAUCUCUAUGUCCCCCAUCCCGUCUGUUGUACAUUCACCCACACCAGCCAGUACAAGACGAUCCUCUCCCUCAGCUUCCGAAUUUACCAAAUCCUCAGUUGGCCCAAAGACCAAGCUCUUAAAGAGAGCAUUUAGCCGUGUGCUCUCGUCAGGAUCACAGAGGGCUGGUGACACCAACAAUGCGCUCGCCAGCUCGUCAACCGCCGGUGGUCUUCAUACACCACUUUGUUCAUCCACACCUUCUCAAAACCUCCGCAGCUGUGGCCCACCUCUUAAUUCUACCUCACCGUACAUGUCAUCGGACAAGUCUCUCCUCACAAACAUCUCUGCAAGCAUGGAGAAGUGA